CUCUCUUGGGGUAGUAAAGCCUCACGUUUACCUUGCAUUUUCUUUGUCCUCCCAACUUCUUCCUGAUAAAACCCCCCCUACUCCUCACUUCCUCCUCCAUUCUCAGUCCCAUUCCAUUCUUUCUCUCGUCGCUUCCUUAACCCUCUACCUUAAAAUUGUUCGUGAGCUCUCUGCAACUCACUCCUUUCUCUCUCAGACUCUCUCUUCCGUGCUACUCUAAGACCUACGUACUGUGAAGUUUUGAAGCUUUUUGUGUGUGUGUGUGUGUGUGUUUGUGUCCUGUAGCAGCAAUGGCUGACCCGCCUUACUCGGAGACCGAGUCCAGCGCCAACUCUUCUUCACCUUCUCCGUCUUCACCAUCCUCCUCUGGGUUGUCUCACUCCCAGUCUUUACCUCCGAACCUGCCAUCCAACCCUGACCCAAAACAGCCCAAGCGAGCCCGAGACUGCAGCAAGCACCCGGUUUACAGAGGGGUCCGAAUGCGGACCUGGGGCAAAUGGGUAUCCGAAAUCCGCGAACCCCGGAAAAAGAACCGGAUCUGGCUCGGUACCUUCUCGACCCCGGAAAUGGCCGCCCGGGCCCACGACGUGGCCGCGCUGAGUAUUAAAGGCAACUCGGCCAUUCUCAACUUCCCCGAACUCUCCGGGUCGCUUCCCCGUCCCGCUUCGAACUCCCCUCGGGACAUCCAAGCCGCUGCUACCAAAGCAGCUUCCAUGGAAUUUGAGGUUCCCAAAACGCCGUCAUCGUCGUCGUCGUCGUGCGACGUGUCGACCCCAGAGGAGCUGAGCGAGAUAGUGGAGCUGCCGAGUCUGGGGACGAGUUUCGAGUCGGACGAGUUGAGUAACGAUUUCGUAUUUGUUGACUCGGCAGAUGGGUGGCUCUAUCCUCCGCCGUGGUGUCACAGCGGCAUUGACAUACAAAUGACAGAGGCAGAGGGUACGAUUCCAAGUUGGUUCGAACCAUUAUUGUGGCAACCUUAUUAAAAUAUGAUCCAAAUCCAUUGUUACAAAGUGUGUAUGUGUGCAUGAAUUCUUACCUCUUUUUUAUUGAUCUAAUGCUUGUCUUUUUCUUUUCCUUUUGUUUUUUUGUUUUUAUUCUCUUUUUAAAUGUGUGAGAGAGGCCUUCCAUCAAUUUUGCUUUUAAAGGGCUAACAAAUCAAAUCUAAAUACGUUUCUUGGUGA